UUCACAUGUCUGAAAUUUGUUUGCGGGAAUCUUUAACUUUCUUUUUUGCAUUGACAGCUUGAAUAUGGAAGAAGAUUGGGAUGCUGAAAUAGAAACCGGUUGCUAUAAGCAGCCUGUUUCUCAGGAACAAUAUCAGUUUUCCAAACCCGCCAAUUAUUCUGUAUCAAAAUCUAAUUUUCCUUCACGAAAUAAUUUUCAAAAUGAAAGUAGGUUUGGUUCUACAGAGUCAGACAGCCAAUCAAGGUCGGGGGGCAGGGGAAUGUGGAGGGGUGGCUCAGACAGUGGUAGAUCACAAACAGGAUUUGGAAGAGGACGUUUAAGGAAUGACUUUGAUCAGGAUUCAAAUAGUUUCGGAUCACAGUCCAGAAAUUGGCGUAACAAUAAUGAUGAGAACUCCAGCACAAGAGUCGAAACAAGAGUGUUCGAACGAAGCUCAGGAAAUGAAAAAUCGCUGUCUGUCGAAAGUCAGUAUGUAGGAAGAAUAAUAGGUAAAGGAGGAAGUAAAAUACGAGAACUACAGGAUGAAUCAGGAGCUAAGAUAAAUGUGGUAAGAGACAGCGACUCCAAUGGCUACACGACAGUUACCUUGGCCGGACCUGCAGAUGCUGUGAAGAAAGCUGAAGAAAUGAUCGAAGAAUUGACCAGUGGAGAUCGUGGAGGCUCAAGAUAUAACUCAGAUCGCGGGUCAGGCUUUGGUGGCAGUAGAGGAGGUUCAAGUUAUGGAAAUAGCAGUUCAAGCUUUGGAAAUAGUGGCCCAGGAUUUGGAAAUAGUGGAGGAUUCCAUUCCAAUGGUAGUGGUGAUGCACCUAAAACAGAAUACGUGGAGCCACCGAGACCCAAGAUCAACUGGGGAACCAUAAUGGCCGACAGGGAGGCUAAUGAAAAAAAGAAAUUUGCACACCUACCACCUAUAAAGAAGAACUUCUACUUAGAGGACCCAGAGGUUGCCAACAUGCAUCCUGAGACUGUUAAUAUGAUAAGGGAGCAGAACUUCAAUAUAACAGUGACGAGUCUUUCAAAGACAGACAAAACUAUUCCUAAUCCAGUGACCACAUUCGAGCAGGCUUUCAAUCAUUAUCCUGAAAUCUUGGACACAAUUUACAAUCAGAAGUUUUCAAAACCAUCCCCUAUUCAGUGCCAAGCAUGGCCAGUUUUACUUCAAGGCAAAGAUCUCAUUGGUAUAGCUCAGACGGGAACAGGGAAAACUCUUGCCUUCCUCUUACCAGCAUUCAUCCACAUCGAUGGCCAACCAGUAGAUAGGGCGGAGAUGGAUGGCCCGAGUGUUCUGGUUCUGUCCCCUACCAGGGAGCUCGCCCUGCAGAUAGAGGAAGAGGUGAAAAAGUUCAGUUACAAGGGCAUUAGAAGUAUAUGUGUAUAUGGUGGUGGAAACCGGAGGGAACAAAUCAAGGUGUGUGAACGGGGCGUGGAGAUAAUCGUGGCCACACCGGGACGUCUCAAUGAUCUCGUCAUGAACAAGAUUAUUAAGGUCACCUCUGUGACUUACCUGGUUCUGGAUGAGGCUGACAGGAUGUUGGACAUGGGGUUUGAGCCAGAGAUACGCAAGAUUCUGCUUGACAUCCGCCCAGACAGGCAGACCGUCAUGACCAGUGCAACAUGGCCUCCAGAUGUACAGAGGAUAGGCCAGUCUUAUCUAAAAGAUCCCAUACAAGUGUUUGUGGGCUCGCUGGAUCUCGCUGCGGUGCACACUGUUACACAGAGGGUGGAGAUGGUGGAGGAGGAAGACAAGAAACAGCGGAUUCUGGACUUCAUCCAGUACGAGAUGCAGGAAGAUGACAAAAUCAUCGUCUUUAUGGGAAGGAAAGUCAAGGCAGAUGACUUGUCCUCAGAUUUUACUCUUAAUGGAGUAAAUUGCCAGUGUAUCCAUGGAGACAGAGAGCAGAUUGAUCGGGAACAAGCAUUAGAAGACAUUAAGACGGGUGAGACCCGGAUCCUUGUUGCGACUGACGUAGCUAGCCGAGGGCUGGAUGUGAAGGACCUUACGUAUGUUAUCAACUAUGAUAUGCCACGAAAUAUAGAGGAGUACGUACAUCGGGUGGGGAGAACUGGCAGAGCAGGGAGAACAGGCACAUCGUUGACGUUUAUCACAAGGUCAGACUGGUCCAAGGCUAAAGAUCUCAUUAACAUAAUGGUGGAGGCACAGCAGGAAGUGCCCGAGGAGCUUCAGGAGAUGGCUGAGCGUUUCCAGAUAAUGAAAGCCCGUCGGGAUGCAGAGGGGGGUGGAGGCAGAGGGAGAGGGGGUGGAAGAGGCGGGGGUCGAGGUCGUGACUUUUCCGGGGGAUACGGUGGGGGCGGUGGUGGGAGACGGAAGGAUAGGGAAGGAGGGAUACGAAUGUCCUUCGGAAUACCUUGA